UCCUUCCGCUGCCUCAGCCCCUCAAGGUGUGUCCUCAAACCCGAGCCCGCUCCUUCGGGAUUGAUCUGCAAACUCCCACUGAGUGAGGCCGUAUCAUGCCGGGUCACAGGAAGCCCUGACUGUGCUGGGUGUCGACAGUGUCGGUUAAAUAUUAAUCUGCUCAACCUGUCACUGAGAGGGGUGUGAAAAAGGGGAUAAAUCGGAAUCGCCUUCUUCUGUGCUGUCGAUCUCUACGACAAUCAUAUAACCAGAAGCUUGUGAACAAAUGCAAAAUUAUGACGGACGGAGUAAAUGUGGGACAAAUACAAUGUACUUCAAUGAAAGGAAGAAAUGGAAAAGACGAUGAUGGAAAAGGAAUUAGUCAAUUGCUGAAUAGUUACAGCGACAGGGAGUUAAACCUGAUGACCCGAUUCUACUGUGAGAGAUUGGAGGAUGCAAUAUUAGACUUGGUGGAGAGCAUUGCCCUGACAUUAACAGCAACUGAUUCAUUGAGCAAUGGAAAUUAUGCUUAUAUCCGUAAUCUGUCAGAGCAUCAACAGAGAAAGGAAGCAACAAAACAUCUUCUGAACACGGUGACCAAAUCCAAUGGCUCCACAGAACGAAUAUUUUGGGAAACAUUGGUGAAAAUGCAAGAAUCAAAGCCAAAACUGAAACUCAUUCUGAAAGAAAUUCAGAGCAGAGGUUUUGACUUGCUUUAUGAUGCACGUAUCGGAGAGAUGGAAGGAGAGCUGUCAGAUCACCUCAAAGGUAUACAAGAUCAACACAAGCAACACCUCCUCCACCAAACCGAGCAUGUGGUCAAACGCUCUAUCAAAGGAGACAGCAAAAUAACGACCAUUUCCCUCACUGAUCGAUAUACAGAGCUUAUCAUUAUUUCCACUCUGCGUGAACGGAGACUAGUGGAACAUGAGCUCCUUUCCAGAGGUAGGGAACAUGAAGAAUGGCAGCGGAAGUACGUCACCAGUGAACUUGAAAAAAUCCGGAUUGAUCAAUUAUUCAGGAGCAGUUUUGGCCACUCCAGCCUGUCUGGCACCACGGUGGUUAGCGGAGUGGCUGGCAUUGGUAAGACAACAAUGGUGCAGAGGAUGGUCCAUGAAUGGGCAGCAGGAAACAUCUAUCCUCAGUUCCAAUUUGUUCUACAUUUCACAUUUCGCAAUCUUAAUGCCAUUAACAGAGCCGUUUCUCUGACUGAAAUGGUAUUGGAUCAGUACCCUUAUUUAGAAAAGAUAAUUGAAGAUAUCUGGAUGAAACCUGAAUAUCUUCUCUUGGUUUUUGAUGGAUUAGAUGAGUACAAACACCAGAUUGAUUUCACUGGCCGCGUGGCUGGUGAUGUCUCUGCGAAUCAUUGUGUUGCGCCUGACUGCAGAUGUGAAGUUUUUGAAAUGGUGCACUCCCUGGUACAGCAACAGCUGCUCAGAGGUUGUUCUGUGCUGGUGACCAGCCGGCCGACUGCCCUUGACUCAUUGGAAAAGGCCAACGUCAACCUUUGGGCUGAGAUCCUGGGCUUUCUUGCUGAUGAAAGAAAAGAGUUUUUCAGAAAGUUUUUUGGCAGUGAGCAACUCGCUACCAAUGUUUUCAAACACGUCGAGGAGAAUGAGAUCCUGUACACCAUGUGCUACAACCCUUCAUAUUGCUGGAUUAUUUGCUCAACCUUAGGCCCACUCUUUACACAGCUGAAGUGCAAGCAACCUCUUCCCAAAACCAUCACUCAACUUUUCUCCAUCUACCUUUCCAAUCUCUUGGACAACCACAAGCGAGAUGUUGAGGACCAGCGGAUGGUUUUACAGCGACUUGGGGAGUUGGCUUACCAGGGAGUUUCAAAAAGGAGAAUUGUUUUUAAUGAGAAUCACUUCAUUCAGCAUCAGCUGGAGUCCAGCAAAUUCAUUUCAGGAUUCAUGAUGGAGAUCUUGGAAAGGGAUGACACAGCUAAAAACAUUGUGUACACAUUUCUCCACCUUACCAUUCAGGAAUUCUUGGCCGCCCUGGCUCAGUAUUUGAGUCCAAAGCAUCAGAACGUGGUGGAAAUGCUUCACUAUGCUUUUAAGAAGGAUGAUGGUCGGUUUGAGAUUUUUAUUCGAUUUUUAGUUGGUCUUUCAACACCCACUUCAUCCCGAAAUCUGGAACCAUUCCUGGGUCCGCUGUCUCAUCACACGACCUGUCAGGUGAUAGACUGGCUGCAGGCCAAUGUUCAGGCAGAAAUCAAAAACAUGGACAGAGUCACUGGAAAGAGGAAACUGCUGAACAUAUUCCAUUAUUUGUCGGAAUCUCAGAAUAGAGCUUUAGUUCAGAAGACCAUUGGAUAUGUGGAACGUUUGAACUUUGGGGACUCCAAUCCAAAGAAUGCACUGAGAUUGAACCCAAUGGACUGUUUUGUAAUGUCUCAUGUUGUACAACUUUGUGAAUCAGUGAUGGAGUUGAAUUUGGAGAAAUGUUAUAUUCAGGAGGAGGGGAUCAAACGAUUGGCCCCUGCAAUCCACAAGUGCAAAGUUCUAAGGCUGAAUGACAAUAACAUUGGAGAUACAGGAGUCAACAUUUUGUCUGCAUCAUUGGCUCAUUCGGAAUGCAAAACAAAGCGAUUGGAUUUGCAGGAUAACAAUCUGACAUUUGCUUGCAUUGAAGACUUGAGGAUGGCAUUUAAUCAGAGCGAAUCAUUGUCAAUGCUAUACCUGGAUGGAAAUAAAUUCACAGAUGAUUGCAUUCCGAAAAUGAGAAACUUCAUCAUCAACUGCAAGAAUUUGGAGCUGAUUCAAUUAUGGAGGAAUCAGUUCAGUUCAGAUGGAAAGAAGCAGCUCCGAUCACUGAGAGAAUGCAGGGCUGGUGUCCGAGUAUUUGUGUGAUCAAAGGAUCAAGAAAUUACCAACUAUUUGGACUGGAUAUUACUGAGAGGUGUAUUUCUCUCACCUCCAUCAAGUGAAACACAUGAGAUUCUUAAUGAUGAAAUUGCACUCACUUCCACCAUCUCUGGCAGCCCAUUCCAGACACUCACCAUCCUCAGUGUGAAGAAAACUGCCUCUCUAUACCCUUUUGUAUCUCUCCCCUCUCACCUUAAACAUAUGCCCCAGAGUUUUAGACUCCCGUGGGGAAAAGCUUCUGGCUACCUACCUUAUCUAUGCCUCUCAUGAUUUUAUAGUUCUGUAUAAGAUCAGCCCUGAAUCUCCUACGCUCCAGGGAAAAAUGUCCCAUCCUAUCUCAUCUCUUCUUGUAGCUCAAACCUUCCAGUCCAGGUAACAUCCUAGUAAAUCCUUUCUGCCCUCUUUCUAGUUUAAUAGUUACUUUCUAUAGUAGAGAGACUAGAACUGCAUACUGUAUUCCAAAUAUGACCUCACUCAUGUCAUAGAGUUAUAGGGUCAUAGAGAUGUACAGCAUGGAAACAGACCCUUCAGUCCAACCCGUCCAUGCCGAGCAGAGAUCCCAACCCAACCUAGUCCCAUCUGCCAGCACCCGGCCCAUAUCCCUCCAAACCCUUCCUAUUCAUAUACCCAUCCAAAUGCCUCUUAAAUGUUGCAAUUGUACUAUCCUCCACCACUUCCUCUGGCAGCUCAUUCCAUACACGUGCCACCCUCUGCGUGAAAAAGGUGCCCCUUUAGGUCUCUUUUAUAUCUUUCCCCUCUCAUCCUAAACCUAUGCCCUCCAGUUCUGGACUCCCCAACCCCAGGGAAAAGGCUUUGCCUAUUUACCUUAUCCAUGCCCCUCAAUUUUGUAGACCUCCAUAAAGGUCACCCCUCAGCCUCUGACGCUCCAAGGAAAACAGCCCGAGCCUGUUCAGUCUCUCCCUAUUGUUCAAAUCCUCCAACCCAGGCAACAUCCUUGUAAAUCUUUUCUUAACCCUUUCAAGUUUCACAACAUCUUUCCAAUAGGAAGGAGACUAGAAUUGUAUGCAAUAUUCCAACAGUGGCCUAUCCAAUGUCCUGUACUCAAUACUCUGACCAAUAAAGGAAAGCAUACCAAACGCCUUCUUCACUAUCCUAUCUAGCUGCGACUGCAUUUUCAAGGAGCUGUGAACCUGCACUCCAAGGUCUCUUUGUUCAGCAACACUCCCUGGGACUUUACCAUUAAGUAUAUAAGUCCUGCUAAGAUUUUGCUUUCCCAAAAUGUAGCACCUCGCAUUUGUCUGAAUUAAAUUCCAUCUGCCAUUUCUCAGCCCAUUAGCCCAUCUGGUCCAGAUCCUGUUGUAAUCUGAGGUAACCCUCUUUGUUAUUCACUACACCUCCAAUUUUGGUGUCAUUUGCAGGCUUACUAACUGUACCUCUUAUGCUCACAUCCAAUUCAUUUACGUAAAUGACAAAAAGUAGAGGAUCCUUGUGGCACUCCAGUGGUCACAGGCCUCCAGUCUGAAAAACAACCCUCCACCACCACUCUUCUACCUUUGAGCCAGUUCUGUAUCCAAAUGGCUAGUUCUUCCUGUAUUUCAUGAGAUCUAACAUGAUUUCAUGUGGGCAGCACGGUGGCACAGUGGUUAGCACUGCUGUCGCACAGUGCCUUAGACCCGGGUUCAAUUCCCGACUCAGGCGACUGACUGUGGAGUUUGCACGUUCUCCCCGUGUCUGCGUGGGUUUCCUCCGGGUGCUCCGGUUUCCUCCCACAGUCCAAAGAUGUGCGGGUCAGGUGAAUUGGCCAUGCUAAAUUGCCCGUAGUGUUAGGUAAGGGGUGGAUGUAGGGGUAUGGGUGGGUUGCGCUUCGGCGGGUCGGUGUGGACUUGUUGGGCUGAAGGGCCUGUUUCCACACUGUAAGUAAUCUAAUCUAACCUUGCUAAUCAGUCUCCCAUGGGGAACCUUGUCAAAGCCUUACUGAAGUCCAGAUAGAUCACAUCUACUACUCUGUCCUCAUCAAUCCUCUUUGUUACUUCUUCAAAGAACUCUUGUAAACCUGCAACAAGACAUUCCAACUCCUGUACUCCAUGCUCUGCAAUUUGUUCAAUUGUGCAAUAAACCUGUUUGUUAUUAAUUAUUUCUUAAUAAUUAAUAACCUGUCUUCAGUUGAAC